AUGACUGUACGCAUCUUAUCGCAUGUAUCUUUGCUAUGUCUAGGCACGACAAAGAUACCUCGCAAUGCCCUCCUGGUAAGGUGGUUGACGUUGCCUUCUGCUGCCCGCCAGUGGGGGUGCCACAUAGGGAAGGAUCCAGCGAGACAGACCCCGAUGUUGUGGGCUUGUGGCCCGGGAUUCUGCCGCCGGAAAUGGACACUGUCUCAACACGGUGCGGAGUCGGGUAGUAGACAGCAGAAGUCGACCAAAUGGAACGAAUUCGUGCACGAGUAA